CAAAAGAAGAAAAAAGGGGACAGAACUGGAGACACAGAGAGCAGAGCUUAGCAGUCAUGAGGUCAGAGUGUCUGUGAGGUCGGCUGCAGGCCGGGGACAGCCCUGAGGUCCUGGGGCCCAGGGGUAGCUGCAAGUCAGUCAGGAAUCCCUGAGGGUCCCGAGCCAUGGAGACCUGCGAAGGCCCACCUGCUGUGUCCUUGGUGCCCACCCGUUCCAGGGCCCCUCAGGGACCAGCGUGUGCCAAGAUGUCGGCCCAGGAGAGCUGCCUCAGCCUCAUCAAGUACUUCCUCUUCGUGUUCAACCUCUUCUUCUUUGCCCUCGGCAGUCUCAUUUUCUGCUUCGGCAUCUGGAUCCUCAUCGACAAGACCAGCUUCGUGUCCUUUGUGGGCUUGUCCUUCGUACCCCUGCAGACCUGGUCCAAGAUCCUGGCCAUCUCGGGGGUUCUCACCAUGGGCCUCGCUCUCCUGGGUUGUGUGGGGGCCCUCAAAGAACUUCGCAGCCUAUUAGGUCUGUAUUUCGGGAUCCUGCUGCUCCUGUUUGCCACGCAGAUCACCCUGGGCAUCCUCAUUUCCACUCAGCGGGUCCGGCUGGAGCGAAGGGUGAAGGAGCUCGUACUGACCACCAUCCAAAACUACGGCUCCGACCCGGAGGAGACAGCGGCCGAGGAGAGCUGGGACUACACCCAGUUCCAGCUGCGCUGCUGCGGCUGGCACUCUCCGCAGGACUGGCUCCAGGUCCUCAUCCUGAGAGGUAACGAGUCGGAGGCGGACCGCGUGCCCUGCUCCUGCUACAACUCGUCAGCGACCAACGACUCCACAAUCUUUGAAAAGAUCUACUUCCCCCAGUCGGGCCAGCUCGGGUCGCGGGAGCGGCCCAGGCACGGCACAGACCUCUGCUCUGUGCCUGCUAAUAGCCACAUCUACAGCGAGGGCUGCGCGAAGAGCCUCCAGAAGUGGCUGCACAACAACCUCAUCUCCAUAGUUGGCAUUUGUCUGGGCAUCGGUCUACUCGAGCUUGGCUUCAUGACGCUCUCGAUAUUCAUGUGCAGAAACUUGGACUACGUCUAUGACCGACUCGCUCGAUACCGCUGAGCCCGACUCUACCCGCUCCCUGGGGACUGUAAAUAGUUGUUUCAUCCUAGUUUGCCUGGGCUUUGAGUGACCCCCUCAUUCCCCUGGGGCCCCAGGUGUCUGCCUGCCCAGGCGCCACCAUCUCCCCAAGGAACUUGGGGCUUCCUGCCCCAAACAUAUCUGAUGGCCAACCACCUCCCACAAGAUUAUUUUUGGCUCAAACCUCAAAUAAAUCCCCUGUUUUGGUAAAA